AGCGCCUCGCCGGUAGCUUCGCUCCACCGCCAGACAAAAAUUUCCCCAAAUCUCCAUCUCUAGGCUGAAAACCCAAAAAAGACGUUUUGUACCAAGGAGGGGAAGAGAGAAGUUGGAGCAAGGCAGGCGGAGUUCCCCUCCACCGUGCCCCCCGCCCCCCGGCUCCGCGCCCUGGGGACAGCUGGCAGCUCCGCGCGGGACCAGACACAAAGCCGAUUAAUCCCGGCGGCUCAGGGGUGGCAGGACGCCCGCCAGGGCUUCCCUUCCGCUCCUCGCCUUCUGGGGCCCCUUCAUCAGGACCCAGCCAGCACCUUGUCCGACUUCCACACCCCUCCCCCCCAAAGGAAGGCCCAGACCCCCCAUUCCGCGGGUUGCGGAGACCUGCCUUAGGCUGCCAGCUGAGAAAGCGCCCCAGGCCGGGGAAACUGACGUAGCAUCAGGGGCCGCCCCUCCCCGCCCUCCGCUGCACGAGUCUGUCUUGCGCUCCGGCUCCAGAAGUUCAGGGGCCCCUGCCCGGCCUCCCGCACUCCGGCCGCAAGGACCCUCAGUCUCCGAGGAGCAGACAGCUCGGCCCCCGAGAAGAUGGCGAGGAGGAGCCGCCACCGCCUCCUCUUGCUGCUGCUGCGCUACCUGGUGGUCGCCCUGGGCUAUCAUAAGGCCUAUGGAUUCUCUGCCCCAAAAGACCCUAAAGUAGUCACAGCAAUAGAGUAUCAAGAGGUUAUUUUAGCCUGUAAGUACCCAAAGAAGACCAUUGCCUUCAGAUUAGAGUGGAAGAAACUGGGGCCCAGUGUCUCCUUUGUCUACUAUCAACAGGCUCUUCAAGGUGAUUUUAAAGAUCGAGCUGAGUUGAUAGAUUUCAGUAUACGGAUCAAAAAUGUUACCAGAAAUGAUGCCGGGAACUAUCGUUGUGAAAUCAGUGCCCCGUCUGAGCAAGGCCAAAACCUGGAGGAGGAUACGGUCACCCUAGAAGUAUUAGUGGCUCCAGCAGUUCCAUCAUGUGAAGUACCCAAUUCUGCUCUGAGUGGAACUGUGGUAGAGCUGCGGUGUCAAGACAAAGAAGGAAAUCCACCUCCUGAAUACACGUGGUUUAAGGAUGGCGUCCCUUUAUUAUGGAAUCCAAAAUUUGGCUCUCAAAGCAUCAACAGCUCAUACACAAUGAAUACAAAAUCAGGAACUCUGCAAUUUAACACUGUUUCAAAACUGGACAGUGGAGAAUAUUCUUGCGAAGCCCGUAAUGCUGUUGGACAUCGCAGGUGUCCUGGGAAACGAAUGCAAGUAGAUGAUCGCAAUGUAAGUGGCAUCAUAACAGCUGUAGUAAUUGUGGCCUUAGUCAUUUCCAUUUGUGGCUUUGGUGUGUGCUAUGCUCAGAGGAAAGGCUACUUUUCAAUAGAAAAUAUCCAAGAUGACAUGCAGGUGAGUCAUGAAGCAAAUGGGGAGGAAAAGCAGAGCUUCCUCAGCCCAGUAUUCCCGGAGACACCACAGAAUAUACAAGAGGAACCCUGGAGUGGCAUAGAGCAGUGGUACUGAGAUAGUCAAUAUAGAUGGAUAUUUAUCGUACAUGUACAUGUACUUAAGAUCCUUUUAAUUUAGGAAUUGUAUAUCUCAAGUGGUAAACUGAUUUCUAGUUUUAUGAUGAAAGAUUUUAUUGAAAUAAAUCUAUGAAAUGUUUUAUCAGUAUAGAACAGUUGAAUAUUGAAUGUCAAAUUUAGCACAACUGUAUUUAAAAAAGAAUUGUUCAAUAAAAACUAGAAUUGUUCAAUAAAAACUGGAUACCUAUUAUAUUAGAGUUCCUUCUGAAGAAGGGUUUUAGGUCUUUAGAUUCAGACCUCUUGUCACUCUAAAUCCCCAUUUGGCAACAGGUUUGAUGUAAAUGAGUGAGAUGAAAAAAUAAUCUGUUUUAUUGUCUUAAUGCAUGUCUUUUCUCCCAGUCUUUAAAAUUAUCUGAGAGUUCAAAAGCUGCAGAACUCCAUCAACUCUAUUGGGAAUAAUGUAUGAAGUAGAAUUUGUUAGUGGGAUAAUAAAUUUAUGACACGAACAAGUUUUAGACCCACUGUUUUUACAGUGAACAUUGAUUUUGCAAUUUAGGUUUAAAAAAUUUUUAUACCAAAAUAAAACUUAAAUUUAAAAGGGGGUUCUAAAAUACCUAUAAUUAGGUAUUAAGUGUCAUAAAAUGUUUCCGUGAACAUGGUUUCAAGGAUAUUCCCUAUAAUUAAGAAAAUGGCUCUGUGAAUUAAUAAUAGUUGUUCUUUUGUAUGGCACUCCAAUCUAGUCCAGGGUAAUUUUAUGAAUGAAACCAGUUGAGUCCCCCUGCUGGUCACAAGUGGAAGUACCAGACAGAUAAGAUGGCUCAUUCAAAAUUCUUGUCAUCUGUAUCUUUAUUUGCAAAGAAUAGCUGAGUAUUUUUAUUGACGAUGCAGUAAACAAAUUUUCCUUAAAAUGCUGAGUUAAAGAUCUGACUUGGGUAUUAGUAGUUCAUGAGCUAAGAAUGUUAUUCCCAUGUUUAUCUGACAGAAAAUCUAUCCAAGAGAACCAUUUUCUUGAACUUGCAUUUUGAACAGGGGUUGGCAAAGUACAACGUGUGGACCAAAUCCAGUCUGCCACCUGUUUUUUAUGGCCCAUGAGUUAAGAAUCAUUUUUACAGAUGAGCAUUUGCAAUCUAUCUGAUAACACGGAAUACAAACUUUGAACCCCAAUUAACAGAAAUGUUAUCCCGCAAAUAAUAAUUCCAUUCUAAUUAGUAGACCUGUACUUUGAUGAUUGUUAUAUUUUGAAUUUUAUCAAUAAAAAUUUUGGAAGUUUGUUUUCUCUCUUAUUACAUAAUAACCUACAUAAUAGCCUCAAUUUUAUCUCUUGGCCCACAAAGCCUGAAAUAUUUGCCAUGUGGCCCUUUACAGAAAAAAUAUGCCAACCCUUGAUUUAGAAGGUACAAAUGCCAGCAAGUGAGAACCAAGAUUGAGAAAAAAAAAAUUAAGCUUAAACUCAGUUUUAUAUGAAUCUGUCAUACCAUAUGGAACUCUUGUAUUAA